UUCUAGAAAAUUAUUUUGACAGCUAACGUAACCUCAAAUUUUGGAAAGUUCAAAUCAAUUGCACGUGUUUUAUUUUGUGUUUCAAAAUGUCUAUUCAAGACAAAGUGCUAAUGAGGAAGAUUAAAAAACGAGAAAAGCAGAAAUUAAAACUGGUUCAACAAAAAGAGAAAGAAAAAAACAAGUUGGUUGAAGAAGAACAGGAAGAGGAGAGCUUUGUGCCAGAACAACGCAAAGGGGCUAAAAGGGUCCAAAACGAAGAUUCAGGGCCUGUUCGUAAGAAGAAAAAAAAUAGGAAGAAGAAGGAUAUAGAUUUAGAAGAAAGUAAUUCAAGUGAUAAGGAAAGUGAAGAUGAAGAACAUCAGGAAAAUAACGAUGGGGAAGAACCUCAGGAAGCUGAAGCUGAACCAGAAGAUGAACAAAAUAAGCUUCCUGGUGCUGAGACCACGUUGGAAAUUUUGAGUAACUCCACUUUUGACUCUCUUAAAAACAAAGUUUGUGAAAACACUCUCAAAGCAAUUGCUGAUAUGGGUUUUACAACACUUACUGAAAUUCAAGCAAGAUCAAUUCCUCAUUUACUUGAAGGCCGCGAUUUAGUCGGCGCUGCAAAAACAGGAUCUGGAAAAACAUUGGCUUUUCUUAUACCAGCAGUUGAGUUAAUUUAUAAACUAAAGUUUAUGCCAAGAAAUGGUACUGGUGUUAUUAUUAUUUCACCUACAAGAGAGUUGUCAAUGCAGACAUUUGGAGUUUUAAAGGAAUUGAUGAAAUAUCAUCACCAUACUUAUGGGUUGGUUAUGGGUGGGACUAGUAGACAAACAGAAGCUCAGAAAUUGUCUAAAGGGAUAAACAUACUAGUGGCUACACCUGGACGUCUUUUGGAUCAUAUGCAAAACACCCCCGAUUUUCUUUUUAAAAAUUUGCAGUGUCUAGUUAUUGAUGAAGCUGACAGAAUUCUUGAUAUUGGUUUCGAAGAAGAAAUGAAACAGAUUAUUAGUCUUCUGCCAAAGAGAAGACAAACAAUGUUGUUCAGUGCCACACAAACGAAAAAAAUUGAAACCUUGACGUCUCUGGCGUUGAAAAAGGAGCCGAUUUAUGUCGGUGUAGAUGACGCCAAAAGUGAGGCAACGGUCACAGGACUUGAGCAAGGUUACGUCGUUUGCCCAUCUGAAAAAAGACUAUUGGUUUUGUUCACAUUUUUGAAGAAAAAUCGCAAGAAGAAAGUGAUGGUGUUUUUCAGUUCUUGCAUGUCUGUGAAAUUCCAUCACGAAUUGUUUAAUUAUAUUGACUUGUCAGUAAUGUGCAUUCAUGGGAAGCAAAAGCAGGCAAAACGGACGACUACAUUUUUCCAAUUUUGUAACGCUGAAUCCGGAAUUUUGCUCUGUACUGACGUCGCUGCCAGAGGUUUAGACAUUCCAGCAGUCGACUGGAUUGUCCAAUAUGACCCUCCAGAUGACCCUAAAGAGUACAUUCACAGAGUUGGUAGAACUGCAAGAGGUGAAGGAAGCAGUGGUCAUGCUUUACUAAUUUUAAGACCUGAGGAACUGGGUUUUCUCAGGUAUCUAAAACAGGCUAAAGUACCGUUGAAUGAAUUUGAGUUUAGUUGGAAUAAAAUUGCGGAUAUCCAGUUACAAUUGGAGAAUUUAAUUGGCAAAAAUUACUUUUUGAACAUGUCGGCUAAAGAAGCUUUUAAAGCCUAUGUCAGAGCGUACGACUCGCAUCAUUUGAAGACUAUUUUUGAUAUCAGUACUCUUGAUUUAGCUAAAGUUGCGUUGUCGUUUGGAUUUAAAGUACCCCCAGCUGUGGAUUUAAAAGUUUCUGUUAAAAAAUCUGAAAGACCUUCAAAGAGAAAGGGUGGAGGCGGAUUUGGUUACUACAAGAAUUUAAAUUCAAUGCCAAAUAAGGAUUAUAAAAAGAAUGUUGUCUACAGACAACCUAAACGCAAGGGCGGCUCAGAUAAACGCCAGUUUUCAAGAUGAGAAAAUACAUUUUAAGUGUUUUAAUUAUUGGUAUCAUAUGUUUUACAUUAUGAAUUAUGAUAAUAAACCAUUUUGACUCA